CACCACCCACCUCGUACUUCAGUACGCGAUGCGAUGUGAUACCCCCCCAUCUCCAGCCCUCGCAAACUCUCAUCACAAUGUCAGACAGGCCUCACCGUAUCACUCCGUCGCGCGCGCCUUCAAUCUAUCCUCCCUCCCCUAUAACCCCGCCCCACUUCCUCGCCCUCGCGCCGCACCCAAACAACGCCGCGCCCUCUGCUCCUCCGCGACCCACUCUGCCGCCUCCGCCCCCUGGGUGGUCACGGAGCUUUCAUGCUGUCCCUGCAGCGUACCCAAAGCAGCUGCGUGAGAGCCACGGGACGCUGAGCCGCGAGUCCGAGCCGUUCGGAAACACAUGCCCCAUCCCCGGCGAGUCCAAGGCCGAACGUAAGGUGCGCGUUGACGGCGCCGUUGGCGCUGCAGUGCUUGCGCGUCUUGACGCGACCGAGUGGACACUCGAGGAGGGCCUUCAGGCUGCACCGGCAGGUUUGUUCAUGGCUGUGGAACGCUGGACCAGGGAUAAGCCCGUCGGCGGACAUACGCUUGUGUGCACACAUCCCAAUGGGACGCAGAAGGAGCACUGGCACCCAACGCUGCGCCGAAUUUUGGCAUCGGAUGCCCCACCUCAGGCUUUCGGCACCGGAGAGCCCCUGCCGGCCGCGCCAGUGCUCAUCGACGACAUCUGGCUGCUCGAUCACUGGAAUCAUGGCUCGUCUGUCGAUCUGAACGAGGGCCGGCUCGGUUGUGCUGAGGUGUGGGAUGACGUGGGCCGGGACAUCCUCAAUUUCAUCCUGCACGUGCUGCCGACCGCAAAGAAGGCAGCGCCGACCGCGCUGCCAUGGCAGCUCCCGUGGGCGGCCGAAGGCGCCGCCCCGCCCAUCAAAGUGAUGGGCCUCGGCGGCUCGUACGGCGGCCUGGGGCAUGUCAUGGCGGCGCACGCAAGGCCCGACGCGUAUCACGGCGUCUUUUUGGCCGAUUCGCUGAUCCAGCCCCGCGCGAUGGACCGUGUCGAGAUCGGCGCCGAGAACGAGGAGGAUGUUGGCACGUCGCGCGUGCGCGGGGCGAUGAAGCGGCGCGACGCAUGGUCCUCGCGCGCAGAAGCGAGCCGCACGUGGCUCAAGAACCCCUUCUACGCAGCCUGGCAUCCCGAGGUAUUCGAACUCACACUGUCGCACGGGCUGGUGCGCGCGAAUGCGUACGGCACCGACAGGGAGGGCAAUCCGAACACUGACGAUGCGCCAGUCGUGCUAGCCACCCCGACGUGGGCCGAGGCAUCGGUGUUCAUCGAACCCAAAAGCUCCGGCAGGACGUGGGACAUGCUCCCACAGCUCAAGGUGCCUGUCGCAUUCCUGGUCGCGCAAAACCGCUUCCCUCGCACGCUGCAGCGCGAUAUGGUGUGGCGUGCGCCGCUUGCGCGCAAUGAGGAACUGCCGUCGACGGGACACCUGUGUCUCCAGGAGAACCCGCCUGCUGUCGCCGAAGCGGCGGUAAGAUUUUUCCAGACGCUGGCAGCGGGCCGAUGGGGAACCGCGGAGAGUAUCCGGGCGACGUACGAGGCGCUGGAGGGCAAGGCAAAGCUGUAGGCUAAAAUCAUGGGAACGAUGCGC